UAGACAAUGAUGAGGUGGUGAAGUGCUGUACAUUGCAGUGUAAUUCGAGUGUAUCCUCUCAUAUUUAUACAAUUUGUUCGACUCACUUGUGCAAAAAUGACGACGACCACGACGUUUCAAGGGAUGGAGCCCGGUUCUAAGAGCAGUUCAAGAGUGUUGCGCCCUCCUGGUGGCGGCUCCAACAUUUCACUUGGUGCAGAUGAGGAAAAGCCCCCUGUCCGGAAAAACAAGAUGGCCUCCAGUGUUUUCGCUGAGCCUGAGGAUCCCUAUGCUAAUCGAAGGAACAACCCACCAGGUGGAAAGCCUACAGGUGUCCUGUGUGGUGAGCCGUCAGCCCCCCUGAGGAGAGGCGGGAACCAUGCCAUGAACAACUCUGCAGAUGCCACCCCCUCAGAUGGAGACAAUUCUGCACGUGAUACUGAAAACUGUGCCGCUGAGCCUGAAGCAGUUCCAGAGCAUCAGGAGGAAGCCCCCCCAGCUGAGGAACCCUCUGCAGGACUGCUGUCCGGCCGCAGGAAUCCCCCUGGUGGAAAAUCCAGCCUUAUACUGGGCUGAAUCUCAACCACACUCUCCCUCCUUACCCCACUUAUAUCUGAACUCAUCAUUUUUGUUUUUUUCCAAACAAGGAACCCCACCUCAUUUGUCUGUACCAUGGGAAUCCUAUCUGAUGUCCACCAGACACCAGUCUUCUCCACAUCCCAAGUGCAUUGUUUUGAUACCUCCUUUUUGAAAACUGUUUUGUACUGUUUUUAUUGUUUGUUUAUUUUGACAGAAGCACUUUAUGUAUUUCUAUGUAUAUGAUUCAGAGUCUGCCUUUGCCCCUGUAAUGCAUUAAACCUGCCGAAAGGGUACAAGGAUCACAUUUCUCAUAUCAACUAUUGGCAAAUCUUCCUUCACUGGAUUGCAACUGCAAAAGCUGUAGGCGAUAAUACAACCAGUCUGUAGAACACAAGCAAAGAAGCUGUCACUUUUGCACCGUGUUCAGUUUUGACCCAUCUUGCAUGCACAUGGUCUGUGAUGUAUGAAUGUGAGAAGAAACAUAACUGUGAAGAUUUUUUUAAACAUUUAAUUUAACCUGUUUCUGUUAGUUGUUUAUUGUGGAAUAAUUGUUGUAUUGUUGUUGCAUGAAGUUGGAAUCUUUCUACUGAUUAUAGUAUUAUAAUCCACAUAUAGAAGGCACAUAAAUUACUGUCAUAGUGAUCUGAAUAAUGCAGACAUUAGUCUACAAAUGAGUGCUGUAUGUCCCAUGUCAGGUAACAGAAUUGGAAUAAGCCUUUUUAUAUUGUAGUCACUAACCUUAGAUUAUUGUAACCCCAGUGCCGGUUUUGAGUGCCCCAUGUUUUUAUAGGUAAAUUUUACUCUAAAGCAAAAUCAAAGUGUGCCUGGUUUGUGUGUUAGGCAUCAAAUAAGGUUGGGUUUUCCAGUUUCAAGGUACAAGAAUGCCAAGCGCUUUUUUCUCCCAUUGCGAGCCAAUGGAAUGUGGCCAGGCCUGAUUAGAAAUGAAAGUGUUUCUGGUAAACCCAUCCUAGAUUUGAAAAGUGCCCUUAUGACAGCUCAGCCUUUUUCUAUGUUUUACUCCUUAUACAUUUGUUCACAGUCCUCCUCACUGGAUAUAUAGAACAGUCGUUUUGUACAUUUAACGUGACAUUAUUCACACCAAAUUCAACACCCCGUCCUCUUCCCACCCUCUCCUCUUCCUGCUUCUGUCUUGUCUACUCGUGACUGCUGUGCCAGCCAGCCAGUCAUUCAAGAAAGCCUGCAUUUCAAGUACAUGAAAUGUAUCUGUGGUGUCUAUUUCAAGGGUAGGGUGUUUUAUGAU